GGAACUCAACAUUCUAGCAAACACCAUGCUGGGCAAAAUUGCAGGCCUCCAGAGCAUCUACCUUUUCUUCCUUUUUCCUGCCUCAGCCAGCUCCUGUCCCAGCCGUUGCUUGUGCUUCAGGACCACAGUCAGAUGCAUGCAUUUGAGGCUGGAAACCAUCCCUGAAGUCCCACCUCAGACAAAUGUCCUGGAUCUGCGCUUCAACCACAUCAGAGACAUCCAGCCUGGAGCCUUCAAGAAUCUGAAGAACCUCAACACACUGCUUUUGAACAACAACCUAAUAAAGCACAUUGCAGAAAGAUCCUUUGAAGGCCUGGAAAACCUGAAAUACCUCUACCUUUACAAGAAUGAAAUCCAAAGCAUCCAGCAGCAUGCUUUCAAGGGGCUUCGCUCUCUGGAACAGCUUUACCUGCAUUUUAACAACCUUGAAACCUUGGCGCCAGGGACUUUUAGUGACCUACCCAAACUGGAAAGGCUCUUCUUACAUAACAACCGGAUUUCCAGAGUCCAGCCAGGUGCCGUCAUCCAACUGGAAUCCCUUAAACGUCUGCGGCUGGACUCCAACUCCUUGCUGUGUGACUGUGAGCUGAUGUGGCUGGCAGAACUGCUGAAGAACUAUUCCGUGCUGGGCAACGCCCAGGCAGUUGCUACUUGCGAGAACCCAAGGGAGCUGCAAGGGCGCUCCAUCGUCACCUUGACCACCCAGGAAUUUAACUGUGAGAGCCCUCGCAUCACGACCGAACCACAAGAUGCUGACAUCACCCUGGGCAAUACCGUCUAUUUUACCUGCAGGGCAGAAGGUAACCCAAAGCCCAGGAUCAUCUGGCUCCACAACAAUAAUAAGAUAGGCAUGCAGGAUGAUGGACGCCUGAACCUACUGCAAGAUGGAACGUUAAUGAUCCAAGAUACCAGAGAAUCGGACAGAGGCGUCUACCAGUGUAUGGCCAAGAACGUCGCUGGUGAAGCAAAAACUCAGGAGGUUGUUCUACGGUACUUCGCCAGCCCAUCAAAGCCCAGCUUUGUGAUCCAGCCCCAGAACACAGAAGUGCUGGUGGGGGAGAGCGUGACUUUGGAAUGUGGGGUGUCUGGGCAGCCUCCGCCUCGCGUCGUCUGGAUGCUGAGCUUAGGAUCUCCACUGCCGCAGGAUUCUCGCUUCACCAUCACCAGCUCUGGGGGCCUCUACAUCCAAAACGUCACCUUCUCAGACCAGGGGCGGUACAACUGCAACGCCAGCAACAGUGAAGGGUCCAUACAAGCGACGGCAAACGUUAUAGUGCAAGAUACUCCUAGGUUUCUGCUCAUCCCCACUGAUCAGACUGUGACAGAGGGUCAAAGUGUGGACUUCCCAUGCUCUGCAGAGGGUAGUCCCCGGCCAGUCAUUGCCUGGACAAGAGCAGGUGGGCCGUUGCCGAGUGACCGGAGACACAGCAUCCUCUCCACCGGCACCCUGCGGGUGGUCCGGGUUGCCCUUCAUGACCAAGGCCAGUACGAAUGCCACGCCAUCAGUUCCAUCGGCGUCCGGAGCUUCCCCGUGCAACUCUGGGUGACUCCGCGAGUGAUUCCAGUGUUCCUUCACCCCCCACAAGAUAUGGUGGCGGAGACGGGGCAAGACAUCGCGAUCCACUGCGCUGCCCAAGGAGAUCCGCAGCCUACCCUAAUAUGGGCCAAGGAAGGAAUUCAAAUCACAGAAAGCGGAAAGUUCCAUAUCAGCCGAGAGGGGACCCUCUCCAUCAGAGACCUGGGGAUGGCUGAUCAAGGCAGAUAUGAGUGUGUAGCCAGGAAUACCUUUGGGUUCACUUCCAGCACUAUGCAACUGACAAUCAUCGCCACGAAUGUAGGCAGAAGCGGCGAUACCUUUGUUGCCACCUCGAUCCAGGAAGCCAUCAGUAGUGUGGACCAUGCAAUCAAUUCUACACGCACCGAACUGUUUAGCAAGCGGCCCAAAACUCCUAAUGAAUUGCUGGCUCUUUUCCGUUAUCCACGGGACCCGUACACCAUCGAGACAGCUCGGGCUGGAGAGAUCUUUGAGAGAACCUUGCAGAUCAUUCAGGAACAUGUGCAGCAAGGCUUAGUUGUGGACAUGAACGGAACAGGCUACCGCUACAACGAUCUGGUCUCUCCACACUACCUGAGCAUGAUCGCCAACCUGUCUGGCUGUUCUGCCCACCGCCGCACACCGAACUGCUCUGAUAUCUGCUUCCACAAGAAGUACCGGACCCACGACGGGUCAUGCAACAACCUCCAGCACCCCAUGUGGGGAGCCUCCCUCACAGCAUUCCAGCGCCUGCUCAAGCCGGCCUACCAAAAUGGCUUCAACCUGCCCAGAGGCUUCUCUUUGGUGGAGGAUUCCAGGGAGCUCCCCCUUCCGCUCCCUCGCUUGGUCUCAACCGCCAUGAUCGGCACAGAGACCAUCACGCCCGAUGAUCAGUUCACACACAUGCUUAUGCAGUGGGGCCAGUUUCUGGACCAUGACAUGGAUCAGACAGUGGCCGCCAUCAGCAUGGCACGUUUCUCCGACGGCCAGUCUUGCAGCCAGGUGUGCACCAACGACCCGCCUUGCUUCUCCGUCAUGAUCCCUGAGAAUGACCCACGGGUAAGGAACGGGCGCUGCAUGUUCUUUGUCCGCUCCAGCCCCGUGUGCGGUAGUGGGAUGACCUCGCUGCUGAUGAACUCUGUCUAUGCCCGGGAGCAGAUCAACCACCUCACCUCUUUCAUCGACGCAUCUAAUGUCUAUGGCAGCACCGAACACGAGUCCUUGGAAUUAAGGGACCUCAGCAACCAGAGAGGGCUCCUGAAGCAAGGCCAGGUGGUUCCUAGCUCUGGAAAACCCCUCCUUCCCUUUGCGGUAGGACCCCCCACUGAAUGCAUGAGGGACGAGAGCGAGAGCCCCGUGCCCUGUUUCUUGGCGGGGGAUCACCGAGCCAACGAACAGUUGGGCUUGACCUCCAUGCACACCUUGUGGUUCCGUGAGCAUAACCGCGUGGCCACCAAGCUUCUGGCCCUGAAUCCACACUGGGAAGGAGACACCAUCUACCACGAGGCUCGUAAGAUUGUGGGGGCCCAGAUGCAGCACAUCACCUACUCCCACUGGCUACCCAAGAUACUUGGGGAAGCUGGAAUGAAGGUCUUGGGAGAGUACAAAGGCUAUGAGCCCAACACUAAUGCCGGCAUCCUGAACGCCUUUGCCACCGCUGCUUUCCGCUUUGGCCACACCCUUAUCAACCCCCUCCUCUACCGGCUCAAUGAAACCUUCCAGCCCAUCUGGCAGGGCCACAUCCCACUCCAUAAGGCCUUCUUCUCCCCGUUCAGGAUCAUCCAGGAAGGGGGCAUCGACCCCCUUCUCCGCGGACUCUUCGGGAUCCCCGGGAAAAUGCGGGUCCCAUCUGAACUCUUGAACAUGGAGCUGACAGAGAAACUUUUCUCCAUGGCACAUUCUGUCUCGCUGGACCUGGCAGCCAUCAACAUCCAGAGGGGGCGUGACCACGGCAUCCCCCCCUACAACGAUUUCCGGGUCUUUUGCAACCUCACAUCCGCUCAGGAGUUCGACGACCUCAAGAACGAGAUUAAAAACCUCGAGAUCAGGGAAAAGCUCAGGAGUUUAUAUGGAAUUACAAAGAACAUCGACUUGUUUCCUGCACUUAUGGUGGAAGAUCUUGUCCCUGGUACUAGAGUGGGACCAACACUUAAGUGCUUAUUAGCGACCCAGUUUCGAAGACUGCGGGACGGAGACAGGUUUUGGUACGAGAAUCCCGGUGUGCUCACCGCUGCCCAGCUCACGCAGAUAAAGCAAGCGUCCCUCGCCGGGAUCAUCUGCGACAACAGCGACCACAUUGGGCAGCUCCAGAAGGAUGUCUUCCGGGUGGCAGCCUACCCACAGGGCAUGGCCAGCUGUGAUGAAAUCCCAGAAGUGGAUCUGCGCCUGUGGCAGGACUGCUGUGAAGAUUGCAGGACAAGGGGACAGUUUAGGGCUCUCUCUCAACAGUUCCGAAGCAAAAGGUCUUCUGGCUUCAGCUACCCAGAAGAAAACCCCUCCACGGCCAAGCCCGGAGAUCCAAGGGCAGAGGGAACUUCUCAGAACCACCCCUCAGAGGAGGAUCUCGAGUCAUUAGUGAAUGAACUUGAACAAGCCAUCUCUUCUCUCCAGAAACAGGUCAAUGGCUUAGAAGGUCAGCUGAGACUACAUCAAAGAAGCACCGCUGCCAAAUAUGGCUGGCACCAGAAGAGUGGAGCAAAGUGGAGGAAACGAUGACCCACUCUGCGUGGUUCUAAUGCUGUUUCAAGUCAUUGUCAACAAGGUGCACUUGUAGUUUUCCCCAAGAAAAGCCUGUUUUCCUUCAAAGGAGCCCACACCUGUCAGCAUCAUCCAGGUUCCAUCAAAUCCCGGCCGUGCAUCUCCGGACCCCUUAUCCACUCCAAUGAGAAACCACAGAAUCCUCUGCUUGAACUUCUACACUGUCCUUUUUUGAGAGCCAGAUCGGCAACCUUCCAGAAUUUCCCAGGACAGCAAUUCCUAUCCAAAGCACUUGGCUAAGAGUGGUGGGUGCUGCUUCAGAACAAAAAACGACACUUCAGGAAGAUCUUCUUCCGUUUUUCCAAGCCAUCCCAUCCAGCUCAACCUUUUGCAGAGGCACCGUUGUGAAGCACCAUCUUCAGAAGCCAAAGACCACCCUGGGGCCCGAGCAAAGGCAAUAUCUGCUACAUCCACGUGUCUAUGAAAAAAAUUCGAAUUGUUGAGCAAUUGGAUCAAGAAGAACUUUGACAGAUGUGUGAAAAUCAGCAAGCUACAGCCUACCAUGGCAGCAUGCAACGAAGCAGGGCACGUAUGACUCGGAAGCAGCGCCCUCUCAUUCCAGGUGCGCAAUUGCCUGUGUUGAAAAACACAUCCGGGAACAGAGGUUGAUCAAACUCUUCCUUAAGUUGCUCCUCCUCAUCAGUCACUCUGAAACUACAGGGAACCUCUGAGACAAACCCCUGCGUGUGUGGAACCACGCUUGGCUUACUUACGCUGAUGACGGUGAACUUGCAUCUCCUUCAGCUAUGUUCCUCCAGCUGCUUUUACUCUUUCCAUGAAAGGCACAUCCACUCGUUUCGAUUCCAGGAGGCUUUUAAUGAGGCGGCACAUGGAAAACACGUGAUAAGCAAGAUUCUCAUUAAGGAAGCACCUCCACAGACUGUUUUUUGAUGCAUAUCCAAUUUGCAUCCAAGGGCUGGGCACUCUGCCCAGCCAGUCUAAAGGCUCUUCCAGACAGUUGCUUUUUGGAGUGUGAUUCAUUCGCACACGGCAUCUUCAGGUUGCACAAUUAAAGGUGAUUUGGAGCUCUUGCACAACAAGCCUGCUUUCCCAAAAGAUCAGACUUUCUGUGACAAGGAAAGAGACAGGAAAAGGCAGUAGAAAGUGUAGGAUAACGUUUGGUUUGAUGCAACAUCAUCUAGCAUCUCUGCAAACAAAUUGGAGUGAACGCUCAUUAAAUAGCCAACUUCAGAUGUGUACACACUUGUGUUUAUUCUGCAUCCAGUGCACUCCGACCACUGGUUUGGGAAGCGGUCUACACGCAACAAUAACCACAAUCCAUACCUAUCCUGUAGUUUCUUAUGAAAUACUGCACUUUGAUGCAUAUUCCCCAAACCAGCUUCCAUCUAAAUUAACAAAAAGAAUUACCUAGCUGCGUUUUAAGCCGGUAAUGAGUACGCAGCCCUAGUCUAAUCUCCCUACAUAAAAUCUGGAUGAAUACUCAGUCAAAAGGUCGUCUGCAAGUGCCCUCAGCCUGUCCUGGUCUGCUACAGAAGACAGGUGAUUAGGAAACCUGAGAGGAAAGCAUUCAGAGGCAAGGAGGGACUGAUAUUUUCACCUCUGCUGCAUCAUUCCCAGUUCUUCAGGAGCAUGAGCAAGUUACUUUCUUCCUUUAUAGCCCUAAAAACCGGUAGGCAAGCAUGUGAAUUCCCUGGGCCAAACACAUCCUAAAGUCAUGAUUACUACAGAGUUAAACUGUUGAAGUUGUUGUGGUUUACCACAAAGAACCCUGUGAAUUUGUAAUUUUCCACGGGAACUAUACCUCUCUAAGCAUCAUUUCAAAACUACUGUCAUUGCUCCUUAGAGAAGCCAUAGCUGUGACAUUGAUUAACGUGUGUAUCGUAGGUGCUACCUAAGAGGCAGGAUGUGCAUUCUGCUAGCAGGGUCUCUAUUUGAAGAACGAAUGCAAUGUAGAUCCUCUGUAUUUAUUACAGCUACAAAUUCAGUCUGAAGCUUAAGCUGGAAAUACAAAGCCAGGGUUUGAAUCUGAUUUAUGGUGCUCUGUCUAUUUUGAGGUGCUCUUAAAAAGAAAAUUAAAUUGGUGCUACACUAAAUCCUGUGUUAGUUUAUGAUGCCCCCAUGUAAUUGCUUUUGACUAUUGAGCUAAAGGGCAUUCUAAGAAAAGGUGCUGACAGCACUGAGCUCACUGAGUAUUGAUCUGUUCUUUCCUGUUUACCUUACAUUUUCCUACUAUGUACCUUCCCCUGCAAUUCAAGAGGCAUGUGCAUCUGCAAAUGGAAAAAAAAAUAUUUUGCCUUCUGUGUCUAAUUGCUGGUUGCAGAGGAUCCAUGCAUGGAUGGUAAUCUAUCUACUGCAACUAAAAGAUGAAACCAAUUAGGGAGGGAGGGACAGUAAUGGUAAGGUAACCACAUUCACCUCUACAAUUAGACAAAGUGGACCCUUCACCAGAUGUUGCCAGAUUAUCAAUCUGCACUUCUCAGCUGCUUCCAAACUAACAGAAUAGUCCAGAACUGGGUUAACUAAGCCAGCAUAAAGAUAGCCCUGCUUCAUCACUGCCACAUUAGAAUUCCCAAUCCAGUGCAGGAAGUAUGCCACUCUGGGUUUGAUGGUGUUACUUUCAAGUGUACAGAAUACAGAUAUAUAUUUUUUAAUUACUGCAGAGCAAUACAGCUGCUCUUCUGGAAAGCAAAUAAGACUAAUUCGUUUCUGACUUUAGCGUGCCUGCCACACAUGAUCUGAAGAGGGAACAAAGGGGAAGGAACAAACAGGAAGGAAGGAAUUCUGAUGGGAUAGAAGAAUGGGGACGGUUCAGAAGGCAUGGGAGGCCACAUUGGAUGGGGUCAGGGGCUGCAGGCUGCUCAUCUGUUAUGAGGAUUACUUGAGAGGGAAGGGAGCCUUUUUCUCCACACUGCAACUGGAGAGGUGAGAAUUCAUGACCCUAAUUUUUCCUGACCUUACAUUGCCCUAAGCAACCCUUUACAAUCAUAGAUCUGUGAAAGAGAGCGAAAGGGGCCUAAUAUGAAAAAGGCAAGGCCGGUGCCAGAAGGCGGCUAGGUUGGCCCCAGCCAAGGGCCCCUGGGUCCCCUGAAGGGCCCCUCCUUAGGGUGGGUGGGUAGCACUCCCUUCCACAAUCCAUGGCAGCAUCGUCUCCUGACCCCGCUGCAGAUUAUGAGAAGGAGCUCCCAGGCACCCCUGCUACUGCCAUGCAGGCAUGUGACGCUCGUCUACAUGCCCCACCUACCUCUCCCUUGAUAUAAAUGCUGGCUGCGCUGCAGGCAGAAGCCUGCCAUCAACCAAGAUGGUGGCCGAGGUUAUCCUAAGGAGCUGAUGCCCCUGCCGCUAUCAUCUUGGUUGAUGGCAGGGAUGCACACGCAUAGCACGCAUGCGUGCCAGCAACCAAGAUGGUGGUGGAGGCAUCAGCCCCCUAGGGAAGCCUCAGCUGUCAUCUUGGUUGAUGGCAAGCAUGCGCGCACAGUGCAGGCAGCAUUCACCAAGGGAAAGGUAAGUAGGUGGGGCAUGAGUGCGGGUUCUGGGGGCCAGGGCAGGCUGGUGCCGGCCCUGAAAAAGGACCUGCUUGAUUCUUGCACAUGUGCACAAAUUCUUGAAUUUUGGCAACACUCACUAUAGGAGUGCUAUGAAGGUAGAUCAUUACCACAAACUCCUCUGACUGGCUGAGGCAUGGCAAAGAGAACUGUGUGGUCUUAGAAUUUCCUGGUACAAACAUGGCCUACUUCCUGUCACGCCCCUGCAGCUUCUUAGAUUAUGCAGUCACUUCCUCUUGGAAGCCUGUGGAGUAAGUCAGUGUGCUGGCAAACGGCAGGUGCUCCUUCUUCCCAAGAAAAACAUGGGCCAAGCCACUAGGAUAUAACACUAUUCUUUUUGCACAUACUUAUUUGUUAUGCACAGCACACACACACACAAAGGUGAAUGGGUUUUUGCUUCUGCCAAUGUUUCAAACCGAAAAGCCUUUAUAUGUAGCGUCUCACUGAUUCCUGCCCCCACCAGCUUGAGUCAGAAACCCUGUUUAAGUACCAAAGUUGGGCUGCAGGAAAGUGUU